CACAAGUAAACAGACCUGCAACUCACCCACGUCCGCUCACAUAUCCAAGAACGAAGGACUCGAGGUUUCUAUUUGCUCAAGAUUCGGGGCUCACCCCACCAAGCGGGCAACCAAGAUGACUUCCUUCAUUACCACCGUUAACCAAAGAACCCGAAACCAGUUCAGACCAAGGAACGCAACGAAGGGAACGAGUAGUUACCAACUACGUCAGUAUGCCGAAGCAACCCUGGGAGGUGGCAGCCUUCGGAAGAUCGUAAAGCUUCCAGAGGGGGAGGAUGAGAACGAAUGGCUUGCAGUUAACAUGGUCGAUUUCUAUAACCACAUCAAUCUACUCUAUGGGUCGAUAACAGAGUUCUGCUCUCCACAGUCUUGCCCAGAGAUGAAAGCCACAGACGAAUUCGAAUACCUCUGGCAAGACUCUGAGAACUAUAAACGGCCAACCAAGAUGCCAGCCCCGACCUACAUCGAACAUCUGAUGGUGUGGGUUCAGAGUAACAUCGACAACGAAGCAGUAUUCCCAAGCCGUAUUGGUGUCCCGUUCCCAAAGUCGUUCCCAUCGAUGAUUCGACAGGUUUUCAAGAGGAUGUACCGAGUGUAUGCACACAUAUAUUGCCACCACUACCCUGUCGUGAGAGAGUUGGGCUUAGAAGCUCAUUUGAACACAAGCUUCAAGCACUACGUGCUUUUUAUUGAUGAGCACAACCUAGCUAGCGGCAAGGAUUUCUGGGGUCCACUCGGUGACCUGGUCGAGAGUAUGCUCAGGAGUGAUUAGGACAGCAGGGCAGAAUGGAGUUAUGAGGAAGGGUAGACAGGGAAUUAUGGCGUUUACAGGAGGGGUGGCUGGCGUAUUAGCAGAAUGAGCUGUUCAUGAUCCGCGGUGGAUAACAUGCUCUCUCAUUUGACCAGGAGAAUUUAUAGCGCAAUGGGAGACCGUUGUGAUCCAUGCGGACAACUUCAGUUCUCUCCUGUAGUUUCUGCAUCAAUUAGCGGUUGAACAACAC